AUGAUUCUGAGGCAGUCGAUGGAGGUAAACUUGGAAGUGACGCGAUUGGUGGCGACGCUGGCGAUCGUGGCGCCGCCGCAAGUCUUCGAAGCGCUGUUCUUGGAGGCGGGAGAGAUCUCGUUCAGCGCGGAAUUGGAUAAAGUGAAGGAAGAAAGGGGGGAGUGAGAUGUAGAUUUGGACGAAAGCCGUGCAACGGUCGAAGGAAGUCAUUAACUUUGAGCAGUACUUGAAAAUUACGGAGACGUCUCUUAAUUUGUGCGAUCAUCGGAUUGGAAUCCAGAGAGAGGAUCGAUUGUCGGUGGAUGUGACGUUCUCGCAAUUCAUGGAGGGCUAUGUCGUGUUGAGGGAGUUUCUUGUGGAGCUGUGUUGUAUUGUGGCGAUGCGUGGAAACCAGUUGUUUCUGUAGUAGCUGA